AAGAUAUUACUAAACACAUUUUCCUCGCAUUGCAUUUCCAUUUCAUUUAUCCCUAAACCACCAACCACACAACUAGCAGCACCGGUCAACAAAAAUGGCGAUUUCCAUAGCCGCCGCAUCCCCAGCUCUGGCCAUUCCAAAUCGGACUUCAUUAAUUAUAACAACAAAAACCCAAUCAUCAAUUUCUUCUUCAAGUUCAUCUUUCUUUAAUAACACUAACACCUCCUUGAGAUCCUUAACUUUAGCUUCUGGCACUGCUAAUAAUGGCAAAAGAUCCAAAAACAUAAAAAAAAGUGGGGGGUUAUCUUGUAAUUGUUUGUUUGGACUGGGUGUCCCUGAGCUUGCUGUUAUUGCGGGGGUUGCUGUCCUUGUUUUUGGUCCUAAGAAACUCCCCGAAGUUGGUCGGAGUAUUGGUAAAACCGUUAAAAGCUUUCAACAGGCAGCAAAAGAAUUUGAGACAGAGUUAAAAAAGGAACCCGAGUCACUAGGGGAUUCUUCGGAAGUAGCAAAUGUGAGUGAGAAGGCACCCGAAGAUUUGAAAGUGCCAAGCACAAAGGAGAGUUUGUAGCCAGAUAUUCAUUCAUUCGAAGUUUUUCAUGUAAUAUUAGCUUUGUUGUAGCUAGGGCUAUCGAUACUCAACCCAACCCGAACUCGACCUGAAAAAACCGGGUUAGGGUAGUGGUGCUUGCGACUGCCAACAUGUCAACUUGAUUUUUUCGGGCAAGGAUUUUGGGUCUUCAAGUC